AUGGGCACAUACAACUUCGGACGGGUAAUCGACUCGUACAUCGCAACCGUCUUCCCGCCUAGACACCCUGUGGCGCCACCCGCUGUUGCAGCGGCGUCCGACCAGCGCGCAGAUCAGGAUGAGGAAGCGAAGGUGCCCCGGCGGCAGCUGGUGCUGCAGUGCCUGCAGGCGGCGGUCAUCAUCGCCGGGCUCGUGGCGCUCUGCAUGUAUUCGCUGCACUCCCGCUCGUCGUACUACUCGAAGAUUUCCUUGAGGUCGGCGCUAAAGGAGCCUAUCGCGCCGAACGAAGCGGGUGUCUCGAAGUUGUUGGAGGGGCUUGCUUCUCUGAGCGGCGGUGCCCAGAGCCAGGAUGGCGAUGCGGCAUCCAUCCGCAGCGUGUUGGAUGUCGAUCUGAGCGCGGGCACGGACGUUUUGCGUUACUCGAGCAUCAGCAGCAGGCAUGACGUCGCGUUGUGGCUGCAGUUCGGGUUAGUCCCGUCGUUAGUCGCGGGGCUCAACUCGUACAACAAGCUUCUAGGGGGCACCAUACGCCUGACCUUCUUACGAACGGAUUACAGCGAUGUCGAGUACGCUGUUGCCGUGGACCCGGCACCGCCUGUUGCGAAACCCGACCCACUUCAGGUUUCGGGGGUGUGGCGGAUGGGUGUGGCGGCGGACGAAGACGACGACGAUGACGAUGACGCAGAUGACAGCGAGCGCGGCGACAGCGCUAGCGACGCAGAGGAUGCGGGAGGAGAAGAAGCGGAUGUUGUGAAGAUGGAUCCACCCCCAAGUGUGGGCGCGAGUGAGCCUCCAGAAGCAGCAGUACAGGGCCCUGAUGAAGAGGGCGGUGGUGAUCCCGACAGCGUCGAAGGAAACGAAAAGUCAACCCCUAAGGUCAUGUUGAAGCUUCCAUACGCGCCAGAAGGCACGUACCAUACGUUCUCGAAGAGCGGAGGCAACUUCUUGUACAUCCCGGGGACGAGCCUGUAUGCCGCGAUGGCGGCGCUCAACAUGGGCUGCCAGUAUGCGACCAGGGCGCCGUAUUUCCCGUUGUGGGCGAUCCUAUCGGAACCGACCACAACUUCGGUCACGCUGGAGGCGUUUACGAGCAACGCGCACGACUACACCGUUGGUUACGUGAACGUCUCCUUCACCUUCCUCACACUCCCCGACGGCAGCGCCAACCUGGUGAAGGUGGCCAAGGCAUCCUCGAUAUCGUCGCCGCGUGACGGGCUGACGCACGGGAUACAGCAGGGGAUAUUCGGCUUUGUGGUUAUUCUGGCGGUGAUAUACGUCGCGCACAGCAUCGUCAUCCACAGGCGCUACCGGGUCUACACGUCGAAGUUGUUGUACGGCCUCGACGUUGUCUCGAAGGUGGCCCUGGGCGCGUGCAUCAUCGCGUACGCCGCCAGGCUGUACUGGUUCACCGGCUCUGCGCCGUACAUCCAGUCGGUGAUGGGUGCAGGAGGAGACUACGAGAACGUCGUCACCCAGGGGCGCAACGGGCUGGUGAUCGACGCCAUUGUUUUGCGCGCGGGGUUCAACAACCUCAGGACGCACCUCUUGGGCGGGUACGUGAGCAUGGGAGUGUUGCAGAUAGCGUCGUUCGGCACGAUAUGCCUCCUGAUCGUCCUGUGCUUCGCCAUGAUGUGCAGCGGCGGCAGGGUUGGGACCAUGAUGUGGCUCUUCGUCUUCCAUUCCAUUUACCAUCUGGGGCUGGGGACGGCGUGCGUCCUAUCCGCGCUGGCCCUGAUGGCACUCGUGAACAUGUGUAUCCUGGACCACACGGCCGCCGGCGACGGGAGUUUCAUGCACCACUUCGUCACCUUGGCGUACAUCCUGGCCGGGGCGAGUGGCAGCCGCGUGGACGCUUACUAUCGCAACCACGGCGCGCUCCACACGGUGUCAGUCAUAGCCCUGCUGAUUGUCUUUUGGUAUUGCGGCGUGGUCACCGUGUUGCCCAUCAUGCUCACCCUGGACGCGGAUAGCGAGAUCAGGAGCUUCGAGUCCACGAAGCCGAACGGGCCGUACGACGAGUCGCGUUACUUCAGGACCAAGUACGCCCUCGCCAGGCUGUUCCGCAGGUUCUCCACCCGCAGCAGCGCCGUGUUCAUACGCCACCUGGCCUUUUCCAGAAACAACGGUUGUUCGGGGCCGGGGAGCCCAGGGCAGCCGUCUUCGGCAGGCUUUAACGGCAUGCAGACGAGGUCUGGUACCAUGUCAUCGUUGGGCCAGAAUGGUGGACAUGCAGCGGAUCACCCAAAAAUCGCACAGGCAUCCGCUGAGGGCGUUGCCGGCGGUUACGGCAACGCGCCUGCCACGCAGAUGCAGGCAGCGCAGAACGACGUGCCCGAACACGUUGCUACGGUUAUACCCCCUGAUGUGGAGGGACAGCCGGUGGCUGCCAAUGCGCCGCAGCGGAUAGUUGGCGCCCGUCAGCGGUUUAGGAUUUGGCUGUUCAAGUUCAGAAGCGACCACCGGAACUUCCGCAUGCUGUUUUACUGGGUUGUCGUCAUUGCCGUCAUGGGUUUCGCCGUAAGGGACCGGCAGUACCGCACGGUACGCCGGCUGCUGCAGCAGACCUUGGACGACCACCUCACCACCGAUGUUGCCCAGCUGCCGUGCGCACUGCACGCGUUCGUUCUGCAGCAGCCAGCUGAUGAGCAGCUGCCGGACGAAGCAUCGGCUAAGGAGCCUAAAGGGCCAAGUGUGGACGUUCCUGAGGAUCUUCGGCCUUCGGCAUUUUGGGGUAUAUCAGGUGCGCCUAAUUCCGAAAAUCAGUCAGUCGCCGGUGUGGAGGGCGCAGAUGAUUCACAUGUGAAACCACCAGGUAUGAACAGAGGCUCGCCACUACACGCAUUUCAACUGAGUGGAGUGGGUCCAAGUCAGGAUGAUGGCGGGAUGGGUGCUGGUGCUGAUGGGGGUGGUGCUGUUCAAGGAAGCAGGGAUGACGGUUCCGCUUCGCAGGAGUCUGACGCCCCCGGCCCUAAAGGCACCCAACCGCCACCCAAAGAGAGCGGUGGCGAGCCUGAUGGCGUCAAGAAGGUCACGGUUCGAGUGUCGCAGCUGCCGCGGCGCAUCGCAACGAGGAAGGAUGUGUUCCAGUGGCUCACCGCUGGUGGCUUCGGCUCCCUGUUUACGUGGCUUCCAUUCAGCAACGACAUGCUCAACCCGAUGGGCGAAUCCAAGCAAUUCCUGGCAAUCAAGAACAGGUUUUUCGCGGCGCCUUCGCAGGGCGCAGUUUACGUGGAGUUGAAACUGCGGUCUGCUGCCGGCUUCAAGUGCCCGAUGUUCAGCACCAUGCAGCACGACGCCAAAUACGUGACCGUGCGCGGCCUUCUGCACUCCACGAGCGUCUCCAUCGGCGCGCGCGAACUGUUUGGAAGCCACUCCACGGACUUCCCCGACGUCGUUGAGCGCGUGCAGUUGGAGCUGUUGCUGGUCGACUCCUACGCGCAGUCCAAGCUGUACCGAGCAACCAUUUGGUUCGACAUCCGUGCCUCUGGCGCGGUGGUGCCCAAGGUUAAGGUGCGCAGCAUACUGGGGGUCCACCUGGACACCGCCUACAACAACUGGGUGUUCGCUUCGGUGGCGAUUUCGUCCCUGGUCAUGUUUGUCGCGUUCGCCUGGUGGUUCGUCGUCGACUGCCGAAAAUUCUUCAGUGGAUACGACAGGCGCUAUGGCAUCGCCAACGGAAACCUGCUGUUCUGGCGCAAGGUCUUCGUCUUCUUCGUGAACGACCGCCUGCGCUUCCUGGACCUGUUGGUCAUCAUCCUGAUAGGCGCGAUCUGCGGGAUAUACGCCACCAUAUACUUCAACUCCAACUCCAUAUACGAACACGUACCGGGCUUAUCGACCACGGAGGUCAGGGUUAUCGUGAACGCGGCCAUGCGCGACGUGCGCGUAGCCCACAGCUCGUUGUGGGUGCUGCUCGGGAUAAUCGUCUGCCUCAUACUGAUAACGCAGGUCCAGUUGGUCCGUGACCUAUUUGUGAUCCUGUUUGUGUGCUUGGAAUGCGCUCUGAUACUGUACAUCACGGUUGUGGUCGCCAUGUUGAUGCUCAUUCUGACCUUCAUAUUCGUGAUCAUGACAUUCGCGAACGACUACUUCAACGAUAUGUCGAAGGACGAGGGAGUGUUCGUAGGCAGCGUGAGGUUGCUGUUGGGCCAGGCGCAGCUGCCGUCGCACGUGCUGGACAGCAGCCUUUUCGUCACGGUGAUGUACCCGAUUUGCCUUGUAACGAAGACGUGGAUCAUCAACAUGAUUUUCGUGUACCUGUGGGCCAUAUGGCCGAAGGAGGAGCUUGACGCCAAGGACAAGGACCUGGCGCACACGGAGGAGAUGUUCCGCCGCGACUCCGUGGAAGGCUACCAGGUGUCGGCGAACUCGACCAACCUCACCACCGUGGCGGACGACCAGCUGGAGAUGAUACCGGACGACGUGAAGCAGUUUUGCGCAGAGGAGGCACGCCGGUUCAACGACAUGUUCAAGGAAUUCGACGAGCGGGUUGAGGCAGCGGGCUCCGGCAAGUUCGAGUACGUGCAGCAGUUGCAUGACCGCCUCGGCCGUGAGAUGCACGAGAUGCUGAAGUCGUGCGAGGCGCUGCAGAUGCAGCUCGAGGUUGCGCGCAAGCGCUGCGAGAUCAUGGAGAGCCACGACGACCGCAACCUCGAGGCUAACAUCUCCCUGCUGGAGAUCGCCCUCGCAGACAAGCAGGAUGAGCUGGCGAGCGUGUUCGCGCACUACAAGUCGCUGAUGGAGGAGUCUGAGGCGGACCUGGAUGAUCGACGGCCCAAGGAAGCCGAGUGA